AGAUGGCCGAGUCCGUGUGCCGCUUCGGAGGAGUUGUCGGAAAAACUCUGGUUAAAAUUCGCAGUCCUGCACUGCUGUCCCUCAGAAGGUCAGUGUCGUAUGCCCAAAGUCUGCGGGGUGUUCCAGAGACGCGUGUCACCACACUAGAGAAUGGACUUAGAGUCGCAUCAGAGGAGACUGGUCAUGCCACGUGCACUGUUGGAUUAUAUAUCAAUGUUGGUAGCCGAUAUGAGUCUGAGAAGAACAAUGGUGCUGGGUUCUUUUUGGAGCACUUGGCUUUCAAGGGAACUAAGAAGCACCCCCAGGCUGCCCUUGAGUCUGCAGUAGAGUCAAUGGGCGCUCAUCUUAGUGCAUACACUUCUCGUGAGCACACUGCCUAUUAUAUGAAGACCCUUGCUAAGGACCUACCAAAAGCUGUGGAGCUGCUGUCUGAGGUAGUGCAGAGUGCAUCUCUUAGUGAAGCCGAGAUUGAGCAGCAGCGGGGAGUGGUUCUCAAAGAGCUGGAAGAAGUGGAGGGCAGUCUACAGGAUGUCUGUUUGGAUCUUCUCCAUUCCACUGCCUUCCAGGGUACACCCCUGGGCCAAAGUGUACUGGGGCCCUCUCAGAAUGCCAGGACUUUGAAUCGUCAGGAUCUGGUGGAGUACAUCAACAGUCAUUACAAAGCUCCCCGCAUGGUACUGGCUGUGGCUGGAGGUGUCAAUCAUGAUGAGUUGGUGGGACUGGCCAAGCAGCACUUAAGUGGUGUAUCGUUUGAGUAUCAGGAUGAUGCUGUGCCUGUGUUGUCACCCUGCCGCUUCACUGGUAGUGAGAUACGUAUGCGUGAUGAUGCCAUGCCCCUGGCACACAUUGCUAUUGCAGUAGAGGGAGCCGGAGCUGGAAGUCCAGAUGUCGUACCCCUUAUGCUUGCUAAUUCCAUCAUUGGCAGCUACGACCUCACAUAUGGAGGUGGAAAGCACCUUAGCAGUCGCUUGGCACGUCUGUCAGCAGAGGGCAGCCUGUGCCACAGUUUUCAGGCUUUCCACACCACCUACAGUGACACCGGACUGAUGGGUGUGUAUUUUGUCACAGACAAGCACAAGAUUGAGGACAUGAUGCACUGGACUCAGAAUGCCUGGAUGAAUCUGUGCACAACAGUGACUGAAAGCGAUGUAGCCAGAGCCAAGAAUGCACUGAAGGCCAGUUUAGUUGGACAGCUGAAUGGUACCACACCGAUCUGUGAUGACAUCGGCCGACAUGUUUUGAGUUAUGGCUCUCGCAUCCCACUGGCUGAGUGGGAUGCCAAGAUUCAGGCUGUGACCCCCAAGAUGGUGCGCGACGUUUGCACUAAAUACAUCUAUGACAAAUGCCCUGCUGUAGCUGCCGUUGGUCCAAUUGAGCAGCUUCCUGACUACAACAGAGUGCGCAGCGCUAUGUACUGGCUCCGUUUCUAAAAGCUCUUUGAGUGUCCUCUUAAGAUAAACCCAAUGAUCUUACCUGCUUCUUUUCCUCUUUUGUACUCUGCUCCUGACUCAUUCUUGUGUUCAAAAUUAAGACAGACUGAAUAAGAUGUGUACAACAAUAUGUUCAUAACAGUAGUAGGCUACCACCGUUUUACUAAGAAUUGCUGUUCAGAAAUCCAUUAUACAUUAAGAGCAGAAUUAUUUGUUCAUGGGAGGAAGGAGACUGGAGUACAUUUCAUUGGAAAGAUGCAGUGAAUGCUGUCCAACUUGUCAAACAAAACUAUUUAUCAAAUUGUGAGAUGUUUUGUUUCUCUCGUUUAUUGUACAUAAUAGAACCUCUCAUUCUAAAUUCCAAUAAAAUACUGUUAACAAA